AUGGUUGAGAAGGCUCAUCUCCGAGAGCUUAACAACCAGAGCCUUAGGUAUGAGAAAAAAGUCAAUUCUGACAUUAAAAAAAUUGAAGACAAGUAUAGCCAAGAUUUGAAGAAGGAACAAGAUGAGAGUAACAUAUUAGAGGCCACUGAGAAAAUGCUUCAAUUCAAAAUGCAAUUUGUGACAAACGAAGAUGGCCAACAAUUAAUGGAGACUAUGGAAAAAGUCAUGUCAAUGUUGAAAGGCAGAGAGGAGUUGCCUGAUGGAAAUUAUAUCAGCGUCACGAGAGCAAUUAACUAUUAUUCUCAACUCAAAGAGGCUGCCGAGAAGAAUAUCUUCACUGUAGAAUACUUUAAAAAGUUUCUGAGAGAGCACAAGGAAUUUGGUGUAUUCGCUUGUAAUUUCGAAGACUAUUACUCCCAGCCAACACCUGAUCUUUCUUGUGACCGUUCUAUUUUUGCUCCUCAUGACCAUGGCUCAACUAUUGUGGGUACGAAGCAAGAUAUCCAAGAUGUUGGCUCAGAAACCUUAGAAAAGUCCACAACCAAAUAUAUACUGGAUCCACAGAGAGUCUCUACAAUACCCGAGAGGAAAUGCCAAAGUUUGAAUAUGAUGUUCUGCAUCGAGUAA